GUUUGUAACCUUAUGUCAACGCAAACAAAAACUAUGUCAAAAUUAAUUCUAAAUUUUGUGUAAAAACAACAACAGUUCUCAUAACAAUUUUAUGUGUACAAAUCCAUGUGCUCCCGUAAUUUCGACGUGUAAUAAAAAUAUUGCGUGAUGGCUGAGAGGUCAGGAGAGGCGAGUCCCAGUGACGCUGCCACGUCUCCACAACAUGAAGAGAGCCAAUCGGGUAAUUGGUGGGACAGCUGGCUGUCUUCGGCCAAAAACAAGUCAGCAGAAGUGUACUCCAUGGUGAAGAAAGACCUGGACGAAAUAGGGAGCGCGGUCAAGAGUGAGGCCACCCACGUCUUCAGCACCACAUCCAACGUCAUAGGCAAGACCUUCAAGUUAGACGUACCAGAAUCGCCAGCAAAUGUUAUGAAAAAGAGUUUUAGCAGUUUCAUUGGUCAAGUGAGCACAGUCCUGAAUCCAGAGCCGGAUGAUGAGGAUGACACGGAGGUCAUACUGUCGUCUGGAGACACAACUAUGCUGUCCACUUAUAAGAAAGAGCUAGAAGCACUGCAGCGCGUGGACGCCACGUUCAUAGUCCCGGCAUACAGCCCGGAAUUCGAGGCGUGGCGGGGCAGCUUAGAGGGGGGCGAGGGCGAGGUCAUCGCCCCCGCGGCCGCCGCGCGCCGCCUGGACUCCAGCCCGCUGCUCAAGGCGCAGUACCGCAAGCUGGUGCCUGAUGCCGUCACGCACGAUGACUUCUGGGAGCGGUACCUAUUCCGGGUGGCGUUGCUGCAAGACCGAUUGGCAGCAGCCUCGCGCAAGCAGCCGGUUGAAACGCCCACCACUGACCCGGUGCUCGCACAUCUGCCGCUGCAGACUGUAGUCGCGCCAAUAGAACAGAGCCCUAAGAAAGUGCUGUCGGGCAUAGAAGCGGAGACGCCGUUCGAAACACCUGACAUUGACAACGUUACCUGGGAGGAUGAAGACUUCGCAAACGACGUGGAACUGACCGAAGAACAACAGACUCUGCUGCUAGAAGAAUACGAGAAAGAGAUAACCUCGAAGAAAGUGACAAAAAAGCCGGCCCGUGACGCCACCAACAACAACGCAGACGGAAACGACGCACAAACCACAGACAAAAUUAACAAGACCACAGACAAAAAUAAAAACAUAGACAAGAAAAAUGGCCGCUCACCGAAAAAGGUUAAGGCUGACGACUGCGGGAAUUUAGUUGAAGAUUAUUUUGGGGACAAGGAAGUGAAAGACGAUGCGAGCGCUAAUUCUGACGAAAGUUGGGAGAAGGAGUUUGAACUCGAAGACGUAGAGCAGAAAGCCUAAAUUGGCUCGCAUCCGGCCAUACAUUCGGCAGAUUCACCACUUAAUAUAAUUUACUAGACGGCGUAUGACAUUGCUCCCGUUGAAAUUAGACUUGCCCGUUUUCACCAUCAAUCCCUAAUUUUUAAGUGACUCCUAUAGUAACACAUAACAUUUUGACAUUGCAAAAUGGCAGCUAAAACAACUGCAAAAUGCCACAGUGUUUGAAGCUGUAAGCUUGAUAUGCCUUCGUCCGUACAUAAUACAAGUCGACAAGGGUUUCCUUGUAUAUUCACAUACAUGUAUGAAAUAAUAAUUAUGUAUGUGUUUACAUACAUAUUAUUUUAAAGUACCUUUUAUCGGCCGAUAGUUUAACCCGGCUGUUGUAUGAACAUGUAUGAAAGUGCGCACAUUACACCGAUUUCAUAUCGGCAUAUUUUAUUUCUCAUACAAAUUAGAAGCCGGCCAAACUAUCGGUCGAUAUUAAAGGACGAAGCACACUUAUCAACCCUCAAACGGAUCGUAACCGUAUCAACUCGAGGUAAUAUUCUGAAUGAAACUCCGUACACGCACACUUAUCCGUACGGUAACGUAAACGCCUUGCGGUUGACAGCGCGCGUAAGGCGGUACGAGGUGGAAUUGUGUAAAGCAAUCGUAAUCAUUUGACAGUUCAUAACGUACGAUUAUUCUGUCAAACGCUUUGUUUAACUGACUUUAUCGUACGUUAUGAACUGCCAAAUGAUUACGAUUGCUUUACAAAAUUCCAUCUACGGUGUUAACCCUGUACGAGUUGAUAAGUCUGCUAUGACAUUUAUACUGGGCCGCUAGUAAACCAAACAAUGUCAACCAGUGGUGUAAUCUGCCCUUAAAGUAUUAAUGUGUAAUCGAAUUAUUGUUGAGUCGCUCACGGAAUGUGUAACUUUAGCAAUUGUCAUGGAAUACUAUAACGCAUAAUGUUAUUCUAUAACGCAUCACACGUCCAAAAAAUUUGACAUUUUGCUGUCAAUAUUUUACCAAAAUGUAAACUGGGAGAGUCCAUCUGAGCUAGGAUACGCGCCGUGAUAUAAUCUUAUCGAUGUCUUAGACGACAAAUGUACGGGCUUAUCGCGUAUCGAUAAAAGUUUAUCGUAGCGCGCAUCCUAGGCUUACGUCUUCAUUAAUGUUGCGGCAGAGAUCGUCAACAUAUAUGGAAAGACAACCUAUAGAUUUGAACCGUUUGUCUGGUGGACACGGAAUGUUGCCGUCAUAUUUUGUACUUUAUGCAGAUGGAAUAGGGUUCAAAACUAAAUUUAUUUUAAAGGACUGACACGUCGAUUGGCACUACGUUGACACUAUUAUAACAAGUCACAAACGACCUGCCCAAAGCGAAAGAUAUUUCUUUAAAGCUUCUUUUAUAUGUAUUUGUGACGAAAACCUAAUUUUCAAGCAUUUACCUGCAUGUUGCCGAUCCCUGGCUAGACUGGUGGCUCCAAUAAAUAAGAUACCUUAGUACCCGUUGGUAAAGCCUAUAAUCGCGUACUCGGUAGAUUUUUCAUAGUAAUAAAGGAUGACUGAAGAUAAUAUGAAACGUUAAAGUUAUGUAUCGAUAGAUUAAUAAGAUGCACUUAAGUUCA